AUGGCCAUUCCAUCGGACCCCAAGCUGAAUGGCUUCGACAUCAUUCAGACCAACUAUAAGCACAUUGGCGACCACGGUAUUCGAACGGAUAUCUUGAUUCCUCAAACUGAAUAUGCCGGCUCAAGACCCCUGAUUGUCCGCGUUCAUGGCGGUGGCCUGAUGAUGGGCGACUCCCUAUACAUGGACUGGUGGCCACACUGGGUAUCCGACCUCGCCCUCCAGAAAAACGCCAUCAUCAUCAGCCCCAAUUACCGCCUCUUGCCCGAAGCGACCAGCGCCGACAUCUACGCCGACCUGGAAGACUUCUGGACGUGGCUGCGCUCUCCAGCUCUCGCCGAUCUCCUGUCCAACCACACGACACCCACCAAACUCGAUCUCGACCGUAUCUUCGUUACUGGUGACUCUGCAGGCGGCCUGCUCAGUCUGUAUCUGACUCUUGCGCACGCAGGUGAAAUCCGCAGUGCAUCAGCUGCGUAUCCCUGCCUAGCUCUGAAUGCGGAUUCUUUCACAAAGACGCGCGAGAAGCCGCCGUUUGACAAUCAUGUCCCUGUAUCUGUUGUCGAGGAGAAUUUCAAGGCCGCGGUGCUGGGGACUUCCAAGUCUUCUAUUACUUCGCUUGAGAGUUUGAUGUUUAUGCUCGGUGCUAUCGAGAAUGGAUAUCUGGCCAAGUAUUAUCAACGCGAUGCUGAGGGUGUGCCCGCCGAAGUGUUGUAUCCCAUGGCUCGAUUGGAGCAACCCGAUUUUAAGAUUCCUCGGGGUGGGAUUGCGGUGCUUCAUGGACGGCAGGAUAGUGUUGUGCCGUUGGGUGAUGUUGAGAAGUUUGUUGAGCGGGCGAAUGAGGUCCUCAAGGCUGGAUCGAGUGAGGAGGACGGUGUUACUCUGACUGUACGAGAUGGCGAGCAUGGCUUUGAUGCGCCGGCUCGAUUUGAGGAGGAAUGGGUUCAGGAUGCCAUGCGCAAGGCAGUCAGUGUCUGGUUAGAAUAA